AUGGCCGCGCCCCCCCCGCCGGGCGCCGCGGCGCCUGGGGAUCGGCUCCAGCCGCCGCCGCAACACCGGUCCACAGCAUCGUCCCAUAUUCCGAUACCUGCCUCGGUGCUCACGCCGCCGCCCGCACCGCCCCGGCCGGUUCGCACGCAAUCCGACUCGGGCGCACGCCCGGACGAGGCGCCCCCACUUCCCCCCAAGACGAGCGUCGGACACACCCGCGACUUGUCGCUGAACGAUCCAUUCAUCACGACGCCGUCGCCGCCGGCUGCCAUGCCGCGCAGCGCCCCGCACGCACCCGCUGAUGGGACUUGGGCACGGCCCACGGACUCGGUAGUGCCAACCCCACCGACGCUCGCGCCACCCGCGCGCCCGCUGGAUAUGAACGCACUCUCCGCGUCGCUGCCGGGCGAACGCGCUGGGGUGGCGCGCCUCGAGCCGCAGUACGCUUCCGUCGGCAAUACACCGACCGAAUGGACGGAGCCGAUGCGCGUCGAGUGGUCGCGUGGCUCGAGCGGCGAGCAGAGCAAUGAUACGUGGUACGCGGAACGCACACCUGAGUCGCGCGACGUUCCCGAGGCCCCGGCGCCGAUCGAGCCCCUUCCCGAGCCGGUCGUCACCGAGCCGCCCCCACGCCAUCCUGCCGCGUACGCCCACGAGCCGUCGGAGCGGCGCAGGCCCAUGAUCGAGAUCCCGUCCGUGCAGCCUGUGCGCCAGCCGGCGGUUUCGACGCCGGCUACAGAGCGGCCGCGCACCGACGCACAGAACGACACGCCACGCACGGCCAAGGCGCCAGUCGAGCGGCCGCGGCUCACACCGCAUGACAUGCCGCCACCGGCGUAUGACUAUGCCCGCAUGGGCGUCGCGACGACGAACGCCGAGGCUCCGCGUGCAAUGCCGACGCCUGUGCGCGAAGUGCCGAAGCAGCUCCUAUCGCCCGGCGCGGAAGGGCCGCACUCGAUUCCCAUGCCUCCUCGCGAGGUAUUUGGGCAGAGCAUGCCGACUCCCGCUCGUGAAGUCCCGCAGCGGGUGCUCUCGCCGACGUCCGAGGCACCCCGCUCGAUUCCCAUGCCGCCUCGCGAGGUAUUUGGGCAGAGCAUGCCGACUCCUGCUCGUGAAGUCCCGCAGCGGGUACUCUCGCCGACUUCCGAGGCACCCCGCUCGAUUCCCAUGCCGCCUCGCGAAGCAUUGGGGCAGAGCAUGCCGACUCCCGCUCGUGAAGUCCCGCAGCGGGUACUCUCGCCGACGUCCGAGGCACCCCGCUCGAUUCCCAUGCCUCCUCGCGAGGUGUUUGGGCAGAACAUGCUGACGCCCGCUCGCGAGGUGCCCCACGGCCUCCCCACGCCCACUCGCGACAUGCCGCAGCACGCAUUGUCGCCCGCAGCCGACGCGCCGCGCGAGACGGUGCGCCCAUCGCCCGACGUGCCCCAUGCGGCGCUGCCUGAUGCGGCGCCGGUGCAGCCCACGCCGGUGUCCGCGGCUCCCUCUCCUGUAUCCUCGACUGGGCUGUACGCCGACCAGGUGAAUGCGCAGUCGUCACGUACGAUCGACACGACCGAUACCCCCACUCAGUACAUGAGCAGCGACGAUGACGACGAAGCGGACGGCGAGGCGGCGCUCGCUACUGCGCCCGACGCGUCCGACGAAGCCAAGAGCACUUCGGAUGAAAUGCUGGACAUUUCGCACAUGAACCGGCUGCCGCCCAGCCUGGACCCCCCGCGUAGCGUGCCGUUCAAAUCGCAGAUCGGCCCUUCGGACCUGUUCCGCGGGACGCUCGUCGCUGCGGUGCACGACAAGGUGCGUGUCGCAGUGCUUGGCGAGGGCCCGAGCGGUUUUGCCGACAAACUCCUGCCUCAGGCGGCCGAGCACUAUAUCGCACUCGGCAGCCCUGCGAGCCUCUCGCCCAAUUCGCGCGAGCUGCGUAUCACCGCGCUCUCGUUUUGUCCGCCCAUCGGCAUUGCGCCUGCGCCUGACGAGCCGCUCGAGCCCAUGUCCGAGGGGCGGUUCGUGUGGUACGGCACGCAGAACGGCAACCUCGGCGAGCUCGAUAUCCUCACCGGCCAGCUGACGGCCUUGCGCACGACCACACACAAGGACCGCAUCCUCCUUGUGCGACGUGUCGGCGCCGCGAUGCUGGUCCUGGACGAGAGUGGCAAGAUCUCGGCAUGGGUGCCGCGGCACGGCAAGGUGCUUAGCCUCGCGCACACCAAUCCCCACAGCCAGCGCAUCACACUGCCGAAGCACGCAUACACCACCGUGCUCGGCGACCAGCUGUGGGUGUGCUCCGUGGCACUGGUUCCCCGAGCGAAUCCGAUGCAGCCUGCACAAAAGGUCCAGCAAGUCCGCAUGUACAAUCCCCUGGCGGACGACCGCCCGUUUAAUGCGCUGUCGAGGCCCAUGACCCUGCCCCUCACCAAAGAGAACGGCAUGGGCGGUGUGACGAGUGCGGCCUAUGUGCCGCAGUGCCCUAACCAGGUCUUUUUGGGGCACGAGUCGGGGCACAUUUCCGUCUGGUCGACCAAGGACUUUGCGUGCACCGACGUGCACCGCGUCGGCGACCAGCCGCUGGUCGCGAUGACCGGUCUGUAUUCGAUGCUGUGGACUGCGACGCGUUCUGGCCAGAUUACGCUGUACAAGGUCGACUCGCCGCUCUGGCGCGCGGCCAAGUCGUGGCAAGCGCACCGCGAGGCGGUUACGGCGCUGCUCUUUGACCCCUACGGCCUGGAUCCGCUCCGUGGUGAGCUGUUUGUGUGCAGUAUCGGCAACGACCACUUUGCCUAUUUCUGGGACGGCUUCCUUUCUGACGACUGGCUCGACCAGGAGCUCGGCAAGUGCGCGCCGAGCUUUUCGUCCUCGCGCUCGGUGCGCGUGCUGGAGAUGACGUACAAUAUUGGCGCCGCCGCGCCUUCCGACUUGUUUGGCGUCGUGGAUAAUAUGGAGCUUUUUCAGCGUGUGCUGCGCAACUCGUGCUCGUUCAGCGCGCCAAGCGAGCCUGUGAACGAGUACUGCGACGAGUACAACUCGCCGGACGUGAUUGUCAUUGGCUUUCAGGAGCUGAUCGAUCUCGAAGACAAGCGCCUAACGGCCAAGCGCCUGCUCCUCGGCAACAAGCGCCGCGAAGGAAAAGAGUUUGACACGAACAUCUCGAGCCAGCACAAGGCGUGGCACGACCAACUGAUCAACUUUGUGCGCCUCGCGCUGCCGCCCGAAGCGCCCUACGCGGUACUCCUCUCCGAGAGUAUGGUCGGUCUCUUUUCGAUGGUGUUUGUCAAGGCGAGCAUCAUGUCGCGCACGCGCAAUGCUACGACCUACAAAGUCAAGACGGGCCUCGGUGGCCACUAUGGCAACAAAGGCGCCAUCGUCACGCGGUUUGUCAUCGACGACACGUCGCUGUGCUUUAUCAACUGCCACCUGGCUGCCGGCCAGCGCAACGUGCGCCAGCGCAAUUCGGACGUGACGGACAUUAUGCAGUCGAUCUCUCCUACGUCCACGCAAAAGACGCGCGACGUGGCGUACGUCGGUGGCGGUGACGGCACCAUGAUCCUCGAUCACGAGAUCUGCUUCAUUGCCGGCGACCUCAACUACCGCGUGGAUAUGCGCCGCGAGGUCGUGCUCAACAUUAUCCUACAGCAGCGCUACGACGAGCUGACGGCCGCCGACCAGCUGCUCACGGAGCUGCGGCACAAUGUGGCCUUCCGCCUGCGCGGCUUCCAGGAAGCACCGAUCCACUUUCCCCCUACCUACAAGCUCAACCGCCUGACGAACGACUGGGACUCGUCUGAAAAAGCCCGCAUCCCUGCGUACUGCGACCGGAUCCUCUGGCGUGGAUUCAACUCGGACACGGUGCAGUGCACCUCGUACAAGCGCUGGGACGCGACGCUGUCCGACCACCGCCCCGUCUCGGCGACGUUCCGCGUGCGUGUCAAGUCGAUCGACCCUGUGCGCCGCGCACAGGUUCUCGAGCAAAAGACGGCCGAGUUGGCGCAGUACAAGCACAGUGUCCUGACCGAGAUCCUCCGGUUCUACCACGGCCUCUAG